AUGGUCAAAGCAUUAACCUUUAAAGGCGACAAAAAGACAAAAAAACGCAAACGUGUCGAUGUCGCGGAAAAGUAUGGCGAAGAAGGGGAAUCCUCAGGAAAGGGAAAGGAAGUAGCGAAAGCAGAAGCAGUGAUUGACGGACCAGUAGACGAUGAUAGUUGGGUGACUGCUGAAGCUUCAGGAGAUGUCGUGGGACCGAUUAUCUUCGUUUUGCCUUCGGAUAUUCCAUCGUGCAUAGCUUGCGAUACAACCGGAAAAGUCUUUGCCAGUGCGUUGGAGAAUAUUAUUGAUGGCGAUCCUGCGACAGCAGAACCGCAUGACGUUAGGCAGGUUUGGGUUGCGAAUCGCGUUGUAGGAACAGAGACUUUUACAUUCAAAGGGCACCACGGCAGGUAUCUAGGCUGCGACAAGUAUGGGAUCCUGACUGCAAAUACCGAAGCAGUCUCACCUCUCGAAACCUUCCUCUGCAUACCCACCGUCGACACACCCGGUACCUUCCAAAUACAAACACUCCGCGAGACUUUCGUGACUAUCAAACCGUCUACAUCCUCCAAAGCCAAUGCGCUUCCUGAAAUACGUGGCGAUGGCGACGCUAUAACCUUCAACACGACGUUGAGAAUACGGAUGCAGGCGCGUUUCAAGCCAAAAUUGAAAGCCAGCAAGGAGGAAAAGGCCCGAGAGAAGAUAAGCAGGAAGGAACUAGAGGAGGCAGUUGGGAGAAAGCUAGAGGAUGAUGAAGUCAGAAAGCUGAAAAAGGCAAGGCGUGAGGGAGACUAUCAUGAAGCGCUAUUAUUAAUCAAAGUCAAGAGCAAGCACGACAAGUAUAGCUGA